GGGGGGCUUUGUCCCGGCCGCGCCGUUUGCGGUUCGCUGGCACCGCCCGUGAAGAAGAGGUGAGGCUCCCUUCUCGGCAAAUCCUUUCGGCCAGAAAAGUGAUGUGAAGAUGUCAACGCUUGUGGAACCAGCAAUGCACACUCUCCAGAUUGGUGCAAACGGAGAGCGAUCCCACACCCCGUCUCCCCAAAACUCUCCCAGACUCCACAAUGAAAGCUGCAGCAUCGCCCCUCUGACGCCGUCCCAGUCACCGAGAAAUGAAAUCCGGAUGCGCCAAACCACUCCCUUCUCUGUGGUGGUAGCCAUUGACUUUGGGACCACGUCCAGCGGCUACGCCUUCAGUUUUGCCAGUGACCCAGAGGCCAUCCACAUGAUGAGGAAAUGGGAAGGCGGAGACCCAGGAGUAGCCCACCAGAAGACCCCCACCAGCCUCCUCCUGACUCCGGACGGCAGUUUCCACAGCUUUGGCUACACCGCCAGGGACUACUACCACGACCUGGAUCCCGAUGAAGCUCGCGACUGGCUGUACUUUGAGAAGUUCAAAAUGAAGAUCCACAGCACUAGUGACUUAACCAUGAAAACCGAACUGGAAGCAGUGAAUGGGAAGAAGGUGCAGGCUCUGCAGGUCUUUGCCCAUGCUCUCCACUUCUUUAAGCGACAAGCACUGCAGGAACUCAAGGACCAGUGCCCAGCCUUGCCAGAGAAAGAUGCCAUCCGGUGGGUGAUCACCGUGCCGGCCAUCUGGAAACAGCCUGCCAAGCAGUUCAUGAGGGAGGCUGCCUACCUGGCUGGGCUGGUUCCUUCGGAAAACCCUGAGCAGCUCCUGAUCGCGCUGGAGCCGGAAGCAGCCUCCAUCUACUGCCGCAAACUCCGCCUCAACCAGCUGAUCGACCUGAGCUACAAGCCCCAGGCCAAUGGACUCAUGUCGGAUCUGCCCAUCGAUUCCAGCUUCAGGCAGGCCCGAGAACAACUCCGCCGUUCCAGACACAGCCGCACCUUCCUGGUCGAGUCCGGGAUGGGAGAGCUCUGGUCCGAAAUGCAGACAGGGGACCGCUACAUCGUGGCCGACUGUGGCGGAGGGACAGUCGAUCUGACUGUGCACCAGAUUGAACAGCCACAGGGGACCCUCAAGGAGCUCUACAAAGCGUCAGGAGGUCCUUACGGGGCCGUGGGGGUGGACUUGGCCUUCGAGAAACUUCUCUGCCAGAUCUUUGGUGAGGACUUCAUCGCCACCUUCAAGGCCAAGCGCCCGGCGGCCUGGGUCGACCUGACCAUCGCGUUCGAGGCCCGCAAGCGGACGGCUGCCCCUCACCGCGCCAACUCCCUCAACAUCUCCCUGCCCUUCUCCUUCAUCGACUUUUACCGGAAGCACCGGGGACAGAACGUGGAGACGGCUCUGAAGCGCAGCAGCGUGAACCUAGUGAAGUGGUCCUCACAAGGGAUGCUGCGCAUGUCCUCUGAAGCCAUGAACGAGCUCUUCCAGCCAACCAUCAGCCAGAUUAUCACACACAUCGGUGACCUCAUGAAGAAGCCGGAAGUCAAAGGCAUCAAGUUCCUCUUCCUGGUGGGAGGUUUUGCCGAGUCCUCGAUGCUGCAGCACGCGGUCCAGUCGGCCUUCAGCGCCGUCUGCCGAGUCAUCAUCCCGCAGGACGUGGGCCUGACCAUCCUGAAAGGCGCGGUGCUCUUCGGCCUGGACCCCACCAUCGUCCGUGUGAGGCGCUCCCCUCUGACCUAUGGCGUGGGGGUUCUCAACAAGUUCGUGGAGGGCAAGCACCCCAGGGAGAAACUGCUGGUCAAGGAAGGGAAGAACUGGUGCACCGACAUCUUUGAGAAGUUUGUCUCUGUGGACCAGUCCGUGGCGCUGGGCGAGGUGGUGCAGAGGAGCUACUGCCCCGCGCGGGUCGGACAGCGGAAGAUCAUCAUCAACAUCUACUGCUGUGGCACCGACGACGUGGUCUACAUCACCGACCCCGGGGUCAGGAAAUGCGGUACCAUCAGCCUGGACCUGGAUGAGUUGGAGGAGCCCAGCUCUCCGAAGAAGAGCAGGAGGGAGAUCCGAGCCAGCAUGCAGUUUGGAGACACUGAGAUCAAGGUGGCAGCCAUGGAUGUCCAGACGUCAAAGACCGUGAGAGCUUCUAUCGAUUUCCUUUCCAACUGAUGCCCUGGACAUUUGAGGCCUUGGAGGAGGAAGAAGAAGGGGUUUGGCUAAGGUCCUUCUCCUCCUCCUCUCCUCUGUGGAUUUUUCUGGUUGAGUCAUGUCAGACUUGGGAAGAAAUCCAGCACAGGUCAGGUUCCAGAAACACAUCCUCCUUGCUUCAACUCGCCAAAGAAAGGAAAGCUGGUCUACCAGGUGGACCCUUUCAUCUUUCCCAUCAUUAGUCUUGGUCUUUGGUGGUGGCAACUGGAUCACAGUCAUGUAUUAUCUUCUCAGGACUCUAGAAGAGAGCAGAGGGGUGGGCAGCUUUGCAGGCCAGCAGUAAAAAACGCCAAGGAGAGAAAUUCUGCUGCGGUUGGUCCCAUAACCUUCCCUUCCAUUUCCCUUCAGGUUUUGGAGAGACAAUUUUGCGUGCAAUGAUGGGCCUUGCAGAUAGAAUGGUCCAGGAUGCAGCAGCAGCCCUUCAUUCAAGACCAUAAUUUAACUAACGGGGAGUUGGAAAUUUCACCUAGCAGCGUCAUCAUGGGAAGAUGAAAUACGAUAUCCACAUUCCAUUCAAUGCAACUCCCCCACUCCUAGGAAUUGCCAUAUUUCAAAAAGUAAAAACUAGGACAUUCUGGAAAACCCCAAAUUUGUUAAGCUGUUUCUUCUUCUUCUUUUUUUUACAAAAACACCAAAAAAACACUGCAAUUUUUCAACUGUCUUGCCUAAGAUCCAGGACAAAGUGACACCUUCCAGAAACAUGAAGUGUUUACAUAAUAAUAUCCUUAAAUAUUGUUGGGUUCACACACACACACACACACACACACACACACACACACAUAUGAAGCAUCUCAAUGCACAAGGUGUUGGAUAAUUAACGCAACUGCACGAGCAAAAAAUGGAAGGAUUCUGUGCAUGGGGAACAGGAUAGGCAUUUAAGCCAACGGUGAAUAACAAUGUAUGUCUGAAGUACAGUGGUACCUCGGGUUAAGUACUUAAUUCGUUCCGGAGGUCCGUUCUUAACCUGAAACUGUUCUUAACCUGAAGCACCACUUUAGAUAAUGGGGCCUCCCAGUGCCGCCGCGCCGCCGGAGCACGAUUUUUGUUCUCAUCCUGAAGCAAAGUUCUUAACCUGAAGCACUAUUUCUGGGUUAGCGGAAUCUGUAACCUGAAGCAUAUGUAACCUGAGGUACCACUGUAUGUAUAUUUGGACCUACCUUCCAUUUUAGAGGAAGACUGGCAUGGCUUUAUCUGGGUCUUCCCAACCUCUGUCUUGGACUGCCAAUCCCAUCGGCGGCAUCCAGUGGGUACCAGUGUGAACAGCAGGUGGAGCAGUUUCUCUACUUAUCGUGCCUUAAUCCAAAUAAAAGCCAGUUCAGCUUCCACCAACCUGCCCAGAGUGGAAGGGCGAGAUUCAUUCAGCUGGGGGCAAGGAGAGAGGCUGGUCACUAGGGCAAUAUUUUGCCUGCUCCCCCAAACCCAAAGCUGUAGCCCAGCCGUCUUGAGUCCCUCAGAGCUAUAUUUACUUUUUAGAAGUCAUUUCAAUGAGCGGCUCCUUGUAGGUCCUUUCCGUCUAGUUUUCUUGAUGUAAGCAGAACUGGAGGGGGCGGGAAUCACAGGUAUAUCUAGGUCAUGGGUGGGGUGGGCAAACUAAGGCCCGGGGGCUGGAUCCAACCCAAUCACUGUCUAAAUCUGGCCCACGGACGGUCCAGGAAUCAGCAUGUUUUUACAUGAGUGGAAUGUGUGCUUUUAUUUAAAAUGCAUCUCUGGGUUAUUUGUGGGGCAUGGGAAUUCGUUCAUCCCCCCCCAAAAAAAAAUAGUCUGGCCCCCACAAGGUCUGAGUGACAGUGGACCGGUCCCCUGUUGAAAUAGGUUGCUGACCCCGGAUCUAGGUUUUGAACCUUGCCUCCUGGAAAUGGGAGUUUUUUUCCUAAGUGUCCAGCUUCUCUCUUCAAAGUCUGUGCUUUUAAACAACUGGUGCUCGAGUCUUGAGAACUGCUUGUGUCCACUGCAUCUUUGCAAAGGAUGGGGAGGAAAUCAGAAUAAAUUGACUGCCUCCAGUGACACCCCACCCUCAACAGCUCGGAGUCCUUUUAGCUGGCCUGCUCACUGCUCCAUCAACCCUCUGUUGCUCUCCAACUAGCCAGGCAGGAUUGCACCGUUCUCUGGAAGAUCUGGCUGAAUAAACUGUCCACAUUACCACCCUGCCCCUUCCAAACCAUGAUAAAAAGCUCUUCUGGCCUGUCCUUUGAACCUCUGUCCUGCUUCCACUUCUUAAUGCUUGUAAUAUGUCGCUUUGUAGGAACCCACCCAAAAUUUUAUUUUUCUAUAUUGUGUAUAAACCCGCACUCUCUCUCUCUCUUUCUCUCCCUCGGGAGAACGGGUGGACAUUCAUGAGCUUGUUGCGGCCAAUGUGGCUUUAUUAGAGAAAAAUAAACGGAAGUGAUUUUUGCUUU